UUCUUCAAAAAUAAAAAUAAAAAUAGAUAAACUUUAAGAAAAUUAAACAACAUUUUUUAACUGCAAGUCCAAAAGGUGAAAAAGGUAUAUAUCAGCAAUUUUUAAAUCCAUGGAAAAAGGUGAAAAAGCCUCUAGCUCAAGGUUCCAUCAAGGUACAUACCAGCAAUUUUUUUUUUCGUAUUAAAAACCUACUAACGUUAUGUUUGCUUCUGUACUAUAUGGUUAUUUUAUCGAUGUUAUCUAACUUAGUCGGUGAGGUUUAUCGAGAUUUUUUAAAAUAUUUGUCUUAUUUUGCACAAAUUGAAGGAGAAACCAUAAUAAUGAAUGAACAUGAAGAGGAUCUCAUUUACAGAAUGCAUAGGUUAGUUGGAGAAAGGUGGAAUCUGAUUGCUGGGAGAAUUCCAGGAAGAACAGCUGAAGAAAUUAAGCAGUUUUGGACAAUGAGAGAUCCCCAUGAAUUUCGAAACAAUAAAUUGGUGGUUAAUAUGCAGGCAGAUUCUUUUGUGCUAUCAGCUGGUUUCGAAUGGCAUGCUCGAAUAAUUUCAUGAUUUCUUCAAAUUAAUUUUUUACUCAGACAA